CAGAAAAGUUACAAUACGGUCAGAUGUCCCGGAUGUAGUCAUCCUAACAGAAUAACCAUCAGCGCGGAGAUAAACCAUGGUCCUUACGUGAAGAAACUCGAGUGCUUCCACUGUGCUCCAAGAUGAUGAUGAUGAUGUGGAGAACAAAGAUUGUCCAUACAUAGAAGCAGAGGGAAAACAAGAAACAACUUGGACUUUCAAAAGUACUUCAGAGUUGUUCUAUUUAAAAUAAGAGUUUGGGAUGCAGAGCACCUCAUCGUCAGUUCCAGAGAUGGAGAUUAAAUUGGGCUCACUGUUAGUACUACUGGCAACCACUUUAUUAUGUGGCUUUGUCCCUUUGUGGAUCAUAAGAGGUGCAGGGAGGCGCAGUGUAGAUUCAGUAACCUUAUACAAAACAGUAAAUUUGGCAAGCUGUUUUGGUGGAGGAGUUUUCCUGGCAACCUGUUUACUGGACCUGCUGCCUGUCUAUUUUGCUUCAAUGAAUGAGACGUUCAACAACCUAGGAAUCACACUACAUUUUCCCCUUCCCGAAUUCAUUUUGGCUAUGGGUCUCUUCAUAGUAUUGGUAAUGGAACAAAUCAUCCUGGCCCUUCAGGACCAAUCAGGAGACUCGUCAGAGGAAAGACAAGCAUUGCUGAUAGACUCCGGCCUCCAAACACACAACAAAGAUAGCACAAGACAUUCUUGCCAAGAUUCUUCCUUAAGCCAGUCUAAAAUUGAGUUAAAUAGAGCGAAGAGCUCUGGCAGAGUCGGGGUCCAACUCGCAGACUUCACCUCUCAUUCUGCUGUCCGUGCCUUCAUCUUGGUUUUCUCCCUGUCACUUCACUCUGCGUUUGAAGGCCUCGAGGUGGGGUUGCAGCAGGAUACUGACCACGUGUUGGAGAUCUGUCUGGCCUUACUGCUUCAUAAGGGUAUCUUAGCUUUCAGCCUUGCCUUAAAGCUUGCUCAGAACCAGCUACGACGCACAGUUAUUGUUGGGUGCCUGAUGUUUUUCUCUGUCAUGUGUCCACUUGGCAUUGGGCUUGGUCUCAUCCUAACCGAGAUAAAGGCCACUGCUCAGCACCAGGUGGCUCGCUCUACGUUAGAGGGUCUGGCAACUGGAAACUUCGUCUAUCUUACAUUUAUGGAUAUCUUGCCUCACGAGUUAAAUUCCCCAAAAAAUCGCAUUCUCAAGGUGGCUCUUUUGCUCACAGGCUUUGCUGUUGUCACUGGGAUAUUGUUUUUAAAACUUUAGAUUGCUGUUGCUCAUGAGUGUACCUCAUUUGGUAAGAGUGAAAAAUGCUAGUAUUGACGUACUUAGAAUCAGAGGAGCUUUGUGAUAAUCCGAGAAUUCAGCAGUGCCAAAAAAAAAACAGUCAUAAAUGUGGCAAUAUUAAUGCAAAUGUAAAUCUAUUUUUCUCAUUUUUUAUAACAUAGAUGAUUAAUGAUUAUCUUGAAUAAAUAAAUAAAUAAAUAAAUAAAUAAAAAUAUUCCUUUG